CCCAACAAAAAUAAUUGCGGAGUAAACUUUAUCUUUCUCUUAAAAAUCUUUUGAAUAUUCCACCAAAUCUUAAUCCAAAAAGCUUUAAUAUCUCUAAAGAAGGAUUAUUGUCUUUUGGUUCAGCUGUUGAUCUGAGAAUUGCUCAUUUGCAAAAGCAAAAAACAAAAAAAAUAAGAACCAGGUUGGUUUCUCUUUUGUAGCUUUUCACCCCCAGUUAUCUGAGAGAGUGAACCAAAACACUUGCCCAUUUCCUUGUCCAAUGCAGGAAAGACUGUAAAAAUUGUAUUUCUAAGCAAGCUUUUAACUUCAAUUCUCUCCCCCAACACACACAUUUGUUUCUGCUUACAUUUCCCUACUGCUUCCCAAUAUUGUUCCAUCCCUCAACAAAAUAAUGCAACAAACAUCAUUUUAUUAACUGCUUCCAAUUCUUGUAGAUUUAUGCUUGUGAAAUCAACUAGCAGCGGUCUUCUUGCAUGUUGUUAGGCAGUCGCAAAUAUUUUUACCAAUUUUCUUAAGCACCACAAUUCAAAUGGAUCUUUGUUCAGCCCUUUUGCUAGUCCAGCUCUCACAGACAUGUACUGUUAUUGCAUUUGUUGGUUUCUUUAAUAAAUAUGCAGCUGCCCAUGUCACAAAAUGUGACUCUGGGAAGUGUACAGUAUACAAAAACAAUAAAACACUAAGUGAAAACAGAAAAACAAAAAAGAUAAAACUCAAGAUUGUGGGAAAGACAGACAUCCCUUAAUCACUUGUUCGACUCAAAUGGUACCCAAAGUUGAUGGAAAAACUGUAUCUUGAUGCCUUUUUACGAAAGGCAAGUAGGAAGGGGGCCAUUCCUCACUCAGGGGGAAUGACUUCUACCGAGGACAUUAAAAGUGGAGGAAUCAUAGCAUUAAUAAUAUGUAUCUUUGUUACCAGUAUAAUCUCAGCAGUUUAAUGGUUUGUCCUUCUCCCCCAAGUAGUAAACAUUUCUCUAUUCUUCCCCCCCUUCAUGACUAAGGACAUUUGGAUGAAUUUUUGACUCUAAAAAGAUAAUUUUUACUACUUCAAAUUGAUCACCAUCUAUUUGCGCUCUUCUCCGUUGGCUAUGUCCGAUGAGGCUUUUUCUUUCAGUAUUAAGCAGCAGAUGUCUCUUGCACUCUUCUCCUUCAACAGGAUCUUUCUCUCUUCCAGCUGUCCAAGUGCAUCAGGUUAUUUGAAACUAUUGCUAUUUCUUCCAGCAGUUUUAGUCCCAAUGUCUAAUUCUAGUCCAGUGUUUCUCAUUUCUCUUUAUGCGUCUAUACGAUGCAUAAACAUUAAAUAGUAAUGGCACGCUCCUUCCUUAAUUUUCAACCAUGUUGUUGCUCCGUAUUGUGCUGCUACUUCAUGAUCGACAGGCAUCUUUUUAAUAUUUAAGGACUACCCAACAACUUACUGUGGUCUACAGCAGUGUUUAUCCCUGGGAGUUGAAGUCCACACAUUUUAAAGUUCCUGAGGGUGAGAAACGCCGUUCUCCGUAAUCAAUAGGGAGAACUUUACAAUACAAUCAAUGAAGCACAAAAUAAACUUCUGACGUCAACUUAUUUAUGCCACUGCCAUAAAGUCCUCCAAAGACUAGAGGUCGCUCUCUGAACUUCCCAGCCUUCGCUCACCAUCCUCGCUUCAAGGGUCAGUUAAUGGAAUGCCUGACGACCUCCUCUUUCUGCCUUCGUUUCUGAAUCCGUUCGGUGCAUUUUCCCCAACGCUCCGCCGAGCGGCUACGAGGGACUCUAGCCGACAAAGAAAUAAAACAAGUAAAUAAUUUUACCUAGAGAACCCGUCACAGGGAAAGAGGCGGUCGUGGAGGGCAGCUCUUUUUGCCGCAAGACCCCGCAGUCCGGGCCAGUCACCGCCGAAGCCGAGCUGGUGCCUGCUUCGGGCUCGUCCGGCGAGGCGCCGAGUGGAGAAAGCGUUUGGGCCGUUCCCUCGGCCGAGAUGUCGACUAAGAAUUUCCGCGUCAGCGACGGAGACUGGAUCUGCCCGGACAAAAAAUGUGGUAACGUUAAUUUUGCUAGAAGAACCAGCUGUAACAGAUGUGGUCGAGAAAAAACUACAGAAGCCAAAAUGAUGAAAGCUGGAGGGACUGAGAUAGGGAAGACACUUGCUGAAAAGAGCCGGGGUCUCUUUAGUGCUAAUGACUGGCAAUGUAAAACAUGUGGUAAUGUUAAUUGGGCCCGGAGGUCAGAAUGCAAUAUGUGCAACACUCCAAAGUAUGCCAAACUUGAAGAAAGAACAGGAUAUGGUGGGGGCUUCAAUGAAAGAGAGAAUGUUGAAUAUAUAGAACGAGAAGAAUCAGAUGGGGAGUAUGAUGAGUUUGGCCGCAAAAAGAAAAAAUAUAGAGGAAAACCUGUUGGUCCUGCAUCUAUCUUAAAGGAAGUUGAAGAUAAGGAAUCUGAAGGGGAAGAAGAGGAGGAUGAGGAUGGAGAUCUGUCUAAGUAUAAAUUAGAUGAGGAUGAAGAUGAGGAUGAUGCUGAUCUCUCUAAAUAUAAUCUUGAUAGUGAAGAAGAAGAUUCUGCCAAUAAGAAGACAUCUUCCAGUGCUAGGCGAAGUUGUUCCAAGUCUCGAUCUUCUUCACGAUCUUCAUCUCGCUCAUCCUCCCACUCAAGCUCAAGGUCUAGGUCCAGGUCCAGAAGCUCUUCCAGUUCAAGGUCACGGUCUCAUUCCACUUCCAGAGAACGUUCUAGAUCUCGUGGGUCGAAAUCAAGAUCCAGCUCCAGGUCCUCAGGGGUUCUUCAACCCCAAGGAAAAGAUCUUACUCAAGCUCUCAUUCCUCAUCCUCCACUGAGAGAAGCAGAAAGAGAAGCCGAUCUAGAUCUUCUUCUGGUGAUCGCAAAAAAAGGCGAACAAGAUCAUUGUCACCUGAAAGAAACCGCAGGUCAUCCUCUGGAUCCUCUCAUUCUGGAUCUCGUACAAGUUCCAAAAAGAAAUAAUGUAUAAAAUUCAGACACACACACACACACACAUACAAAAACAACAGUCCAUUGCAUGAGACAAUAUAAAGAAGUUGAUGUUUUAUUUGGUCAGAAAUGGUACAUCCUGCUAAUAGAGAUGCAUGUUUAAUGGAAAACUGCAGCUAGUUUAACUCAUAAAACAUGUAAUGAAAUAUUUUAAGCCAUAAAUUGAUUCCAAAAUGAUAAACAUGUUUUAUUUAAUUGGGCUUAACUUUUUAACAGGUAGCUUUAGUUUACUCUUGUUUGAGAGUAUCAACCAAGUACUAUCCUUGAUCUAUUGCUAUGUCAUCAUGUAAAUUUCAAAGUCUGGUUUCUGAAAAAGUUUAGUUUAAUUUUUCUUUGUCAUCCUUGCAAUAUUAGUAGGCAGGAAUGUAUCUCAGUUUCAGAGUAGAAUAAUUCUACUCUGAGGAACAACUCCUUUGAAAUAUAUUUGUGAUUUCUAACUGAGAAGAAACCUAGUAUAAAUUAUUUCCUGGAUAUUUUGCAAAAUAACCAAUUCUUUCUGUUUUCUGCAGAAUUUUAUAAUGUAUUAUGUAAGAAAUGUAAUGUGUUUGAUUCCAUAGUCCUUUAUUCUUUAUUGACUCAGCAAAUUAAUAAGUGUGUUAUGCUGCAGAUAAAAUAUGGAAAGAAAUAUAUUUCUUUCAGGCAAAGCAUCUAUGUCUCCUUUAUGGUGCUCCUCCCACUGGAACACAUUAAACUAGCGUCACUUGGUGAAACUGCAACAAUAAUUAAGAAAAAUGCUUGUUGCCAUUUCAGUGAUUUUCCAGAAGAUAACUCAGAACCAGAAGUAAUUUAUGCUCUGGCAGUAGUCCAGUCCAAUGCAGACUUGUUUUGGCCAGAAUACCAUCUCUGGAAAACUACAAAGAACAACUUGGUGAAUUAACAUGUACAAACUAGUAUGAUACUAUCUGGACAGGUAUUGUUCUUGAAAUUUUUUAUACAUAAGAGUAGAAAUCCUAAAACCUCAAAUCUAUUUCAACUAAUUCAUGGCUUAACAUGUUUCAUUUUCACUUUUGUUUUACUAUCAAAUGUAUUUGUUAAGUACUGACCAUUCUUAAACUGAUUGGGAAAAUGUAUUUGUCAUCUUCAGUCACGUCCAAGGUAAGUAUGUUAAGGGAAAUUAAUAAAUCUAGGGAAUAGGCUAUGCCUUCAAUAUCUUGCAUUUUGGAAGAUCUGCUUGAUAAAUCAAACUGCACAAUGGAAGUGGAGCAGAACUGCCAUCACCUUUUUUCUUUUCAUGAACAUCUUAAAUUUGAUGGGGGUGGGGCUGAUCAAAGAUAUAGCAAAAUGGCUUUGCUGUGUGAAUAUUUUGGAUAAAUUUUGCAAAAAAAAAAAAAAAUGCCUGUACUCCUAUAUUGCUUCCUCUUGAGUAUCCUCUUUCUUCUGCUAAAUUGUAGCAUAGAUUGCACAAGUACAAAUAGUCUUGUAACUGUGCCUUUCUGACUUUUUGAAAGUCUAAAAAAUGUGAAAACCAGAUUUGCUAAGUGCUACAUGUUAACAGUUUGCUAUUCUUGUGCUUUUAUUCACAGUAUUGUACCUAACAAGUUUUAAUCUCGGUAUAUGAUAGGCUAGAAUAAUUAAAGGAAAAUUAUGGGUUUCAUUUUGGCUUGGAUUCAAAUUGUAUUGGUUAUAUGAAGAUCCAAUUCUGUGGAUGUGUAAAUAAAGCAUGUCAGUUAAAUAUGUCA